AUGGAGUACGGUAAUUACUUUUCGACUUCAGUUUCAUCUGAUUUGACUAACCCGUUUAUAUCAUUUGCUACCUCUACCCAAUCGAAUCAAGGAGGUAACGGAUCGUCUGGUCAAUUGGCCAAUGCUGCCUUGUACAAUAAUUACUCCAACUCGUAUGGACAGAUAGCAAAUCCGGGAAGGUAAGGCAAAUAACGAGUCAAUGUAUUCUACAGAAUUCAAAUACCGAACACGCAACCUAAUGCCAAUCAAACGGUCACUCCAGUUACUCAAUCUUCCACCAUAGAAUACAAGCCCACCGCAGAUUCGAUCCAAAUGUUCCUAAACACAGGUAGAGAAUACUUUUACAAUUAUGGUGACGUACAUAUGAAUCACAUCGUAUCAAUACAAAAAUAUCUUUAAGGGCUACAGUACAAGUUUUACCCUCCAUCAACCCCAUUCAGUCUCUCUAACACCACCUCCGCGAAUAUACUUCCAUCAAAUAGUUCAGCUUUGAUGGCAUCACUGCCCAGCCAUUCUUUUGUGGGAGCGCUGUGCGGAAACGGUCUUGCUUUGGGAAAUCCUAAUGAACGUCGAAAACAAAGGCGAAUUCGAACGACUUUCUCUCCUAGCCAGCUUCGUGAACUUGAAAGAGCUUUUCUGGAAAGUCAUUAUCCCGACAUCUACACAAGAGAAGACCUUGCUAUGAGAAUUGAUUUGACUGAGGCCAGAGUCCAAGUAUGGUUCCAGAACAGACGAGCCAAGUUCAGAAAGCAAGAAAAGAUUAAGAAACUGAAAGAGCAAGGACACGUCGCCGUUUCCGAGCCCUUGCCCAAUGAAGAAGAAAAUCAAUUCUAA